AUGGCAACCGCCGUGCGGGGCCACUUCCGGUCUAUCCUCCACUCCCCACCCGAGCGGAGGCCAAGGCCGGGGAGGGAGCCGUUGCAGGAGCUGCUUCUUCGGUUUCCUGGCUGGGAGGAAGAGGAGGGAACCCCACCAACGCGUCAGCUGCCACCACAUUCAAAUGCCACCAUCAACCCCCAUCAUUACCCAAAGGAGUACACAUGCCCUCGAUGUGAGUCUGGCUUCAUUGAAGAAGUGACAGACAAUUCCAGUUUUCUAGAAGGCGGCGGCACCGGGAUCGACGACAGCCCUUCCACCCUGUUUGCCGAGUUCUGGGACCAGCUGGACCAUUCCAUGGUGUUCCCCUUCCUAAGCAGCUCCUUGGACCAUGACGGCAGAGACAACGAAAGGGGCCACCAAGCCCACGCGGACCUGUGGGGACCAAGCCGGCCUCCCCGGCUGCCCAUGACCCGGAGAUACCGGCUCCGGUUCACCACCCGGCCGGAGAGGUCGCCGGCCAUCGAAGGAAUCAUACAGCAGCUGUUCGCGGGCUUCUUCGCCAAUUCACCCGUUCCUGGUUCUCCUCCUUCCCCUUUUUCUUGGAAUGGCUCUCUGCACUCGAGCCCCGGGGACUACGCCUGGGGACAGACCGGCCUUGAUGCGAUAGUCACACAGCUCCUGGGACAGUUAGAAAAUUCGGGACCCCCUCCUGCAGAGAAAGAAAAAAUCUCCUCUCUUCCGACAGUGGCAGUGACUCAGGAACAAGUUGAUACCGGCCUGGAGUGCCCCGUGUGCAAAGAGGAUUACGCCGUGGCGGAGCAGGUCCGGCAACUCCCUUGCAACCAUUACUUCCACAGCAGCUGCAUAGUGCCCUGGCUAGAACUGCACGACACGUGCCCCGUCUGCCGGAAGAGUCUCAAUGGCGAGGACUCCACGCGGCAGGCCCCCACCCUCGGGCCAUCCCCAAGUAGCCCCUUCAGUGGCGCAAGACACCUGGACGACCGGUGGACUUUUUGAAGCCGGCUGGCAAGGGAAGGGGCGGCCGAGGCCCGGAGUCACCGUCACAACCGUUGUAAAUUGUAUCAUAAGGAAGCUGCAAAAACCCAGUGGCCAGAAGGGAGGGAGAACCGGUGCGAAGCCUUGGGAUCACGUCCCUGCCUCUCCCCCUUCCCCUCAGCACAGAGGUGGGCGGGCGAGUGGGGGGGACACACCUCAUUUUCCCAACACGAUGAGCGUCUCCAACCAGACCACCUCGGCCACGCCGACCCUCUCUCUUGCGUUCUCUGCUGCUUUCCAGAACAACCGGUUGCAGAGUGGGGCGAGGAGCCAGGAUCGGGUUGGAAGGCAGGUUUUUAAAAGCUGGGGCGUCCCUGUUUCUUAGUAGCAAGAGAAGCCAGCCCUGAAUCCGUAGGGAUCCGUUUUGGUCCUAAGGCGGAGCGAGAGCAUCGCCUCUUCCUCGCUCCUUUUAGAAGGGAGCAGGCGAGAAAGAGGCCCGGAAGGAGUUCUGACCCAGGAAGGGGAGGGUUUCCGGACCUUUCCGGCUCUCCCCAAACAGAACGGUGGGUUUGGACAAUGUCCGUUAUUCCGGCUACCUGGGAUGUUGCCGUAUUUAGGCUCCUUUGUGUGAACAGAGCCCAUGUCAGCUUUUAUCCUGGCGAAGGCUGUGAAAACAAGGAGAAUGAGGCUGAGAGAGAGGGGUGUGUGUGUGUAUGUAUGGGGGGGGAUUACCCCGAUUCCUGAAAUGCAGGUAGAUGAUGCACCUCGUGUGAAAUGUAUUUUUCCUUGACUGGGCUCCAUUGUCUUUAUCUAAACCAGCCAUUUAUCCACCUGCUCCUUAAGACCCAUUUUGCUGUCUUGCUAUCAAACGGACCAUAUAUACUGUAUAUCUAAAACUUCGACUUUUUUGCAGCCUGUCUUACUCCUGUAUUUAAAAUGAAGAUGUCAUAGUUCGAUACCAUAACAAAUCACUUUUUUUUGCUUCUUUUCUUUUUUGAUUGUUUUGCUUUUAAGUGUUUUUCCUGUCCUGGAAUUUUUCUACACCAACACCUAAUCCUUGACCUUUCCACAUUCUCAAUCAUGUUGUGGGCAAAACUCCCAUGAAGUCUGCGGCCCCUCGUCUAAAACCAGAAGCCGGGGGAAGUUUGUCUUUGAUUUUAGGAAAAAAGGGAGGGAAGGGGGCAGAAGACGAGACCCACGUUCCCUCUCCAAAAGAAAACUAAAAACCGCCACAAGGAGACUUCGGUUGCCAUGUCAUCGCUGUUAACGGUGUACCACGUACACUUGAUUUUGGGUGGAGUGUCUUCUGUUUGCUAUUAAAAAUUGAAUAAAAAUCCUUUAAUAAGAAA